AUGCCUUUGCUAGAAGGGUCGAGGCAGACCUCGCCUCCCCCGAGUGCGAAUUCUCCAGACCCCGUCUCCGUCCCUGUCCCUGCCGCCAUCUUCAACCGUCGCCUCAGCGAACAGUUUUCCGAUCUUGCUCGAGUUGCAAUCAUGACGAAUGCCUCUGCCUCUCAUGAAGGGGAGUCCCUGAAUCACGUCGCAUACCACUCCAGUCUCAUGCCUCCUCCAAAGACAGGAUUCGGCAGAUCCGCGCACAAGCCACCCACAAGCGUUGCCCUGGGCAGAGCUUUGACCGACACUCCUGCUCCGAGUGCGCCCACGAGUCCGCAGAUACAUGCUCGAACCAGCACAAACGUUUCGGGGUCCGCGACGCCCAAAAUCCGUGCCACCACCCUCGACAUCCCCGGACUGACGCGAUCCAAGGUCUCUCCGAAUGGUCAAAUAUCAGAAAGAGAUGUUGCAGCUAAGCUAAUUAUUAUUAUGGUCGGUCUGCCGGCCAGAGGGAAGAGUUACAUUGUCAAGAAGAUUGCUCGAUAUUUGAACUGGUUACAGCACCCAACCAGAAUAUUCAACGUUGGAGACCGUCGACGCGUGGCUGCUGGUGUUGGUCAGACCAUACCGGAUCACACGACUGCUGCGUUGCGAGAAUCGGUGCGUCGAAUGAGCUCUACCACCCAGGGACCGCAGGGACUCGUUGACCAUGGCGAACUGCUCCCGCCACCUGCUGUCGAGACUAAGAUUCUCAUUAAUGGCGAAGUCACCUCGUCUCCUAUAAGUCCGGUACAAAUGAACGGUUCGACCAGGUCUGAUGAAGACAGGAAGGAUUCCAUUCAGCUAUCGGCCCCCGAACCCAUGGAUCAGUCUGCGCAAUUCUUUGACCCAAACAAUACCAGGGCCAAGCAGUUACGAGAACAGGUGGCGCACGCAGCCCUGGAUGAGCUCUUGAAAUACGUCUUGGAAGACGGCGGAUCAGUGGGAAUCCUAGAUGCUACGAAUCACACCCGGGAGCGACGCCUGUCGCUGGUCAGACACAUCCGGGAGCGCGACGAAAAUAUCAACAUCCUCUUUGUGGAGUCACGGUGUCAGGAUCAGAACCUGCUGGAAGCAAAUAUGCGACUGAAGCUCUCAGGUCCAGAUUACAAAGGCAAGGACCCUGUCGCCGCGUUCAAGGACUUCCAGCAACGCGUCCAACAAUAUGAGAAGUCAUACCAGAAACUAGACGAGUUUGAAGAGGAGCACAACAUGGCGUAUUGUUCCAUGAUCGACGUGGGGCGUAAGAUGGUGACGCACCAAGUCAAGGGCUUCCUCUCUAUUCAAACCGUCACCUACCUUAUGAACUUCAACUUGGCACCACGACAAAUUUGGAUCACCCGACACGGCGAGUCAAUGGACAACGUCAACGGGAAAAUCGGUGGUGAUAGCUCGUUGAGUUCCAACGGAGUGAGGUAUGCUCAGGCACUGGCCAAAUUUAUUGGGAUCCAGUGGAAGGCGUGGGAAGACUACCAGACUGAAAAACAAGCAAACACCCACUUUCCACCUCUCCCGGGCGACACGACCCCACCGAACCCGGAAUAUACGGCGCAAACGCUCCAACAGCGGAAUUUCUGCGUGUGGACGAGCAUGCUGAAACGGAGUAUCGAGACCAGCCAGUAUUUCAACGACGAGGACUACGAUAUCAAGCAGAUGCGGAUGCUGGACGAACUUAACGCCGGGUCAAUGGAAGGCAUGACCUACACCGAAAUCCGAGACAAGUUCGCCCAUGAGUAUGAGCUUCGAAAACGAGACAAGCUCCAUUACCGGUACCCAGGCCCAGGCGGCGAGGGUUAUCUCGACAUCAUCAACCGGCUGGGAAAAGUUAUACUCGAAAUAGAACGAAUGACGGACCACGUCUUAAUCAUUGGCCACCGAAGUAUCUGUCGGGUUCUCCUGGCCUAUUUCAUGGGUCUCAAGCAAGAGGACAUCAGCGACCUGGAUGUUCCGUUGGGUGUGGCAUACAUGCUCGAACCGAGACCAUAUGGUGUGGAGUUCAAGGCAUAUAGAUGGGAUCCUGCCACGGAUGAAUUUCUCUAUGAGCCAGAUUACCGGAUGAGGCGAGCUAUUGACCCACAAGCCUGA